AUGGCCAGAGUGAACAUCGUGAGUGUGAACUUCGUCGACAAUCCGUGCUCCUUCAAGCAGAAGUUCAAGCUCGAGGUCACCUUUGAGGCGUUUUCACAUCUUGAGAAAGAUAUUGAAUGGCAGCUCAUCUACGUCGGCUCUGGUGCAAGCAGUGAACACGACCAGCUUCUCGACUCUGUUUUCAUUGGGCCUACACCCGAAGGACGACAUCAAUUUGUUUUUGAGACUGAUCCGGCUGAUGUAUCGAAAAUUCCAAAAGAUGACCUUCUUGGUGUAGCCGGGCUCUUGCUCAAGGCGAAAUACGAUGGACAGGAAUUCAUUUGUCUCGGCUGGUAUGUGCAAGUUCAAUACAAUGAGCCGGAAUUCAACGAAAAUCCACCAACCGAAACCAAUGAAAGCAAGCUAGUUCGUCAAGUGAUGGUCGACGAUGUUCGCGUUACGAACUACCCAAUUAAAUGGGAUGAUUUAGUCGUCGAUGAACCAAUUGUCGAGGAGCCGAUUGGUGACGAAGACAUUGCCAUCGAUCUUGGUGCUGAAAACAGCGAGGAGGAGAUGGAAGAGGAAUCAUCGGAUGAUGAUGAUGAGGAGGAGGCCGACGAAGAAGAGUCUGAUCUGGGAAGCGAAGAUACGGAUGAUGGAGAUGAGGAAGAAAUUGAAGACGGCGAUGCUGGUAACAAAGCGACCGAUGAACACCAGGACAUGGAAGUCGAGAAUGUUGCCAAUGUUAACAACGAGACUAACAAGGAGAAGGCCAACAAUGCCUCGACUGAAGAAGCAUUAAACGACGUUACCAAUGCG